UCCUGCUCCUCCUCGGUGUCCCGGUCAGGACCAGUCCGCCCAGCAAUCGGUCCGCCGCUGAGUCCCGGAACGUCUCUGCCCUCAAGCUCGGAACCGAGGUCCAGACUAGAGCCGCUGGGAGUUCUACUGGCACCGAGGACAAGCCGGGAUUACGGAAUCACGUUUGGGUUUUCUGAGUUCUGCUACCUGGAAGAGAGACGAGCUACCGUCAUGGCGAGGACGCCCGACGGAGUGAGCAAGCUGACGGAGAGCACGUUCAAGAAUGUGAUGGAGCAGUUCAACCCGGCCCUGAGGAACCUGGUCAACCUGGGAAAGAGCUACGAGAAGUCCGUCACAGCCAUGACCACGGCCGGAAAAUCUUACUUCAACGCCGUGUCAAAGAUCGGAGAGAACGCCAUGGUGUCGCCCAUGUCCAGGGAGCUGGGUGUUGUUCUGAUGGAAAUGGCAGAAAGCCACCGGAAGCUGCACACUGAACUGGAGGAGAAUUUCAAGCGGUUCCACAGAGAGAUCAUCGUAGAGCUGGAGAAGAAGACGGAUAUGGACGUAAAGUACAUGACUGCUACCUUCAAGCGCUACCAGACGGAUUACAAACAGAAGCAGGAGUCUCUGGACCGCUCCCAGACUGACCUGAAGAAGCUCAGGAGGAAAGGUCAAUCCAAGCACGCGUUCAAGUACGACCUAAAGGAGAACGAGUACCUGGAGACCAUCUCGUCCCGCCAGACGGACAUGCAGAAGUUCAUUGCUGACGGCUGCAGAGAGGCGCUGGUGGAGGAGAAGAGGCGCUUCUGGUUCCUGGCUGAGAAGCACUGCAUGUUUUCCUCCCAGCUCAGCAGCUUCCACGACAAGGCCAAGGAGCUGCUGAGCACCAGACUGCCAAGCUGGCAGGAGAAAUGCAGCAACAUGGACAAGGUUCCUGACACGGUGACCUCCAUGAUCCAAGGUCUGUCCGCCGACCCAGAGUCGGCGCAGACACGACGCCACAGCAAGAAUCACGUGAGCCCACUGACUCCGCCUCCGGCGCCGCCGCUGAAGAUCAGCCCACUGGCCAACAUGUUCAACCCCGAGCCCAGAACCCCUCUGAGCCCGUCUUCGGACCUCAGCGCAGUGCAGGGCAGCCUGGGAGACCUGUCCAGGUCCACAUCCAUGUCCUCCGGUCUCAGUGGGGGAACCAAGUCCCACGUCAAGACCAUCUUCCCUCAUACAGCGGGCAACAACGACACGCUGCUCAGCUUCGACCACGGUGAUGUCAUCACGCUGCUCAUCCACCAGGAGAAGGACGGCUGGCUGUACGGAGAGCUGGACCGGACGCAGCAACGCGGCUGGUUCCCCUCGUCGUACUGCCGGCCAUACGCCGACCAGAGCACGUCCAGCAGCAGCAGCCUGAGCGCCGCCAGCCUGCAGGAGGAAGAGGAGGGCGAUGAAGACUACGAGCCGGUCCUGCUGCCGCCACCCGACUACAGCGACGUCAGCCCGUCCAAACCAGCACUCCCAGAAACGCCUCCGCCUCAGAACACGGUGCCCUUAGUUAAUGGAACGGCCAAACCUCCUUUCUUGGGAGGAGGAAACCCGUUUGCAACAGUGAAGUUGCGGCCGACCGUCACAAACGACCGCUCCGCUCCGGUCAUCUAGAAGUUAGUUGGACUGCCGCUACGCCUUCAGAGGAGUGGAACCACCCAGAAACUCCCCAACGUCUCCCCAGCCUGCUCACCUCUCUGCUCCAUGAAAAACUACAGCCGUGUGUCUGAUAUCGACCCUCGUGACCCUGAGGUCUCCUUCCCUCUGAACUGCAAUUGAUCUGCAGUAUUCAGCAUUUCCUCCUGCUGUUAGCUUACCGCCUUAUUGCUGCAUCUCCAGGUGCUUCCCAUCAAUCUGCAGAAGUUUCUGCAGAUUCACCAUCAGUUUAAGCCAUGCUGCAGAAAACUUCUCCCAGGCUUUAGACAAUGUGCACAAUUUGGAGAUGUGUGUGCUCUUGUCAGCAGCUAUGAGCCUGACUGCAGCACAUGCAAAUCUCCAAAUGCAUGGGGCUCCAGCCCUGGGCACCUGGAGAUGCUUUGUUUCUUUGUCAUUGUGUCACUCUAGCUGGUUUUAAUUGAUCAUUUUGGUUGAAACUAGAGCUUAAUGCAAGCAGCUGUUGCAUUGUGGGAACUCUGAUGUUCUAUGAUGAGCAGCAGAGUCCUCGUCGGGGUCCAGGAGAGCCUCGGGGAGCGCUGUGUUCCUGCUGGUCUCAGCCCGGUGUGAAGGGGCCCAACAGGUUCAACCACAAUUUGAGAAAUGCUUCAACAAAAUGUCCACAAGGCGCUUCCUGCUUUGAUCUCCACUAUGAUGUGACCAGCGUUCUGCAGAUCCAUCGAUCCAUGAGCAGACAUCCCAGAUCAGGAGCUAAAAGUCUAAAGUCGACGGUACCAGUUCAUUGGACACGCCCAGAACCACCAGGGUAAUUACAUCAAUGGCAAUGACAGCCUUUCUGCUUUAAAUCUGAACCUUUCUGGACUUCUGACUGUAACUAAGUACAUCAUUUAUUGAUCUUCUGGGCUGUUUGGGUCGGUGGAUCAGUACCAGGCCCUCCGGUCUGGUCCUGUGAGGACCGACGGAUAUCGUGUAAAUAUAAUUGAGCCUUUCAUUUUAAUGUGAACUUUAAAGAGAAAACAGAGAAGAGAUGUUGGUGUGUUGAUGGACAGUCCAGACCAGCCACCGCCUUCCUGACUCGCCAAACAUCAUUGGGUCGGAAAUCUGUCUGGGAAGCACGGAGGAGGUGAGGGUGAAGGGAGACGUGGGUUUGCAGUCUGAGGGCGGUUGUGAAGAAGAAGGUAUUUUAUAUAAAGUUGUUUCAAUGGAAUAUCUAAUAAAGGCGGAUCCAGAUGAAGCUCCUCUUGGUUUAGAUUUCACUCCUCAGUACCAGUUUAAAUGACUUUUUAACUUUCUCACCAUUAAUUUUACUGUCAUGUAACAAAAUUUCUGUUCAAUUCAUGCCUUAUUCAAAACUAACUGGGCUUUUCUGGUAGACGAUUAAAAUAUGUGAAUAUGUUUACUGUAUGAAAAUGACUCGUUUACAUCCAAUCGUCUGAUCAAUCAAGUCAAAUUUUCUCAUAGAUAGGAUAUAGGACAUCAUGCUGAGCUACUGAGACAUGUUUAUUUUCCUCUCUGCCUUUUUUUUCCAAUAAAAAAAUUGAAGCUUAAA